UCCCCUUCCAACUGAAGGGCAGUUGAGGUUACCAAGGGAUCUGACUGAAAGGCCGGAACUCAGGUUUGCUGAGAACCAAGGGACAGCGAAAGGGGAGGAGGGUGUAGAGAAGGAAACAGAACAUUUGAACUGAAAUCCUGGGGGUCUCUCCAUCCAAGGACACGGCCACUGAGGACUGGUAAUGUCCCUGUCAUCACAUACACACACACACACACACACACACACACACACACACACACACACACACAGAGCCUUCCAGACAGAAGCCGAUGCUCAGCUUCUCUGAGAGCUCCUUGGGGUGCGCAGGACCAGAACCCAGGAAACUUCUAGGUCUCCUGCAACAGGAGAGUGACUUCUCACUUGCCGCCUCCUGAUAAGUAGCCUCUGGGGACCCUUCUACAACAGCCUGGCAAAGAGGAAGCCCCACUUCCUUGCCCGAAGUCCUUCCUAGCUAAGCACUCUGACAAACUUUGACAAACACCAAAAGCGAAUUGAAAACAAAUAAACCAGGAGGAAGAAGAGGAAAAGCAAGCGCUGAAACCUCGAUGGCUUUUUUUUCCCCCUGCUGCUGUCUUUCCCGCUGUAGCCUGGGAUUAAUUAAGUGUUGUGAACUCGGUGCCUGAGAGAGAAGGGAAAAGCUGCAUUCUCUCUCUAAGGAAGGAGGAGUACAGUAACAGUUUCUCACCAGUGAGAAACCUUGGGAAGCACAUCGCUCUCGUCUCCAGUGUUUGUGCAGGGACUGGAGAGCCAGGGGGCUGUGCCAGACUGGAGGAGGCUUGUCUUUCCAAGGCUGGAGAGGAUUUCACGGGGGUUCGCCGACCCCUGCCUGGGAAGAAUUUCCCCUCUGGUAGCAGCAGCAGCAGUCGCAGCCACAGCAGCAGCAGCAACAGCAGCCGCGGCGGCAGCAGCCCUACCUCCUCUGCUGGGGAACAGGGCAGAAUGCCUGUGCUAGAGCGGUAUUUCCACUCGGCAGAGCUAGGCAGGAGGUGGCCGGCCCCAGAAGGUGUGCUGCCCUCCUCCCUGGGCAGCCGGCCGGGGUACCAGCAGGGGCCGCUGCCCUGGGACUUGCCAGAGAUGAUCAGGAUGGUAAAGCUGGUUUGGAAAUCCAAAAGUGAACUGCAGGCAACCAAACAGAGAGGCAUUCUGGAAAAUGAAGAUGCUCUCCACAGCUUUUCAGGAGAUGUACGACUAAGGGGUCAGACGGGGGUUCCUGCUGAGCGCCGCGGCUCCUACCCAUUCAUCGACUUCCGCCUGCUUAACAAUACAACACACUCAGGGGAAAUUGGCACCAAGAAAAAGGUGAAAAGACUGUUAAGUUUCCAAAGAUACUUCUAUGCAUCGAGGCUUCUCCGUGGCAUUGUACCACAAGCUCCGCUCCACCUGCUGGAUGAAGACUACCUUGGACAAGCCAGGCACAUGCUCUCCAAAGUGGGAAUGUGGGACUUUGACAUUUUCUUGUUUGAUCGUUUGACAAAUGGAAACAGCCUGGUAACCCUGCUGUGCCACCUCUUCAACACCCAUGGACUCAUUCACCAUUUCAAGUUGGAUAUGGUUACCUUGCACAGGUUUUUAGUCAUGGUUCAAGAAGAUUACCACGGCCAAAACCCGUAUCACAAUGCUGUUCAUGCCGCUGAUGUCACCCAGGCCAUGCAUUGCUACCUGAAGGAGCCAAAGCUGGCCAGCUUCCUCACACCUCUGGACAUCAUGCUUGGACUGCUCGCUGCAGCGGCUCACGAUGUGGACCACCCAGGGGUGAACCAGCCAUUUUUGAUCAAAACAAACCACCAUCUUGCCAACCUGUAUCAGAAUAUGUCUGUGCUGGAGAAUCAUCACUGGCGCUCUACAAUUGGCAUGCUUCGAGAAUCGAGGCUCCUGGCUCACUUGCCAAAGGAAAUGACACAGGAUAUUGAACAGCAGCUGGGCUCCCUGAUCUUGGCCACAGACAUCAACAGGCAGAAUGAAUUUCUGACCCGGUUGAAAGCUCACCUCCACAACAAGGACUUAAGACUGGAGGAUGCCCAAGACAGACACUUCAUGCUUCAGAUCGCCUUGAAGUGUGCUGACAUUUGCAAUCCUUGUAGAAUCUGGGAGAUGAGCAAGCAAUGGAGUGAAAGGGUCUGUGAAGAAUUCUACAGGCAAGGUGACCUUGAGCAAAAAUUUGAACUGGAAAUCAGUCCUCUUUGUAAUCAACAGAAAGAUUCAAUCCCUAGCAUACAGAUUGGUUUCAUGACCUACAUCGUGGAGCCGCUCUUCCGCGAGUGGGCGCGCUUCACCGGGAACAGUUCGCUGUCCGAGAGCAUGCUGAGCCACCUCGCCCACAAUAAAGCCCAGUGGAAGAGCCUGCUGUCCAAGCAGCACAGGCGCAAGGGCAGCGUCCCCGGCGCGGACCCCGACGGCCCGGCGCAGAGCGAGGCGCAGCCUGCGGCCCGGAGCGACGACGACAACGCGCCCUAGCGGCCCCGGGGACGCUGGAUCUCCAGAGCGAGCGAGCGAGCGAACGAGCGAGGCCUCCGGGAGGCGCCACCGAGGGGCUCUGGCCAGCAGCCCGGCGCUCCUGGGUUUUGUCCCAGGCUCCUUCGAACGUCGCCCUCCUCCCACUUACCAGCCUCCCCUCCUUUUCCCAAGUGUACAGAAGCCAUUUGUCACCUCAGCAUUUGCUGCCGAAACAAGCAACUCCAUUCAGUCAUGCGGGACCUGACCCUCGUCCCCCAGGAGAAGACAGGAGUGAGCAGGAGGUGCUGUGUCUGCCGUGGCCCUCUGGGCGCGGGUCGCACUGCGACAGGCAGCAGCCCCGAGGUCCAGAGCAUUUUGGGGUUCACCGUCCGACUGCUGAUCCGCAGGACAAACACACCAGCAUAUUUGGAACUUGGAGGAUAUCGGUCUUAAGUGCAACAGCACAAACGCGAGUGUGAGAGUACCUUCUAUUUUAAUAAUAAUUAUUAUUAUGAGAAUAAUAAUAAAUCUUUUUAACUUUUAUAUUUUAUGCACUAGACAAUGGAUCUAAAACUCUGGACUAAGAUUAUUCAGUGUACCCAAACUUGAACAGGGGGUUCAUUGUUUUCCUAUUGACUUUACGCCACUUUGGGUCAGCGAUUUUGGCAUCUUCUCAAUUUAAGAAUCACGUUUCCUUCUGAUCAGGGGAAGGUGCUGUACAGUUCACUCGUUUGCACCAUUAGCCAAUCUGUCUUUUAUGGAUUCAGUGACCUGUUUAUAUUCACACAUGUACAUUUUCUGUAAAUAACAAGCGCUACUGAUUCCCAUGCCAAAAUACAUGAGUAUUAUGGGAUUGCUACCUGUAUAAACAAUGGCACUGUGAACAGAAUACUGUUAGUUUUAAUACAAGAGAAUGCAUUUGUAAAUAUGGUAUAGAGUUUAUUAAUAUACUAUUGUUUGCAGAUAAAGGCCUUAACUUUAAACAUCUUUUUCAUCUUCUGAAAGCUGCCCAACCUAAAUCCUCACAGAUGUCUCUCUGAACUGCCUGCCCAGGGCCAUCACUACACUUUCCACCGCAAACCAAAACUGAGAACAGCACGGGGGACGUGUUUGCAUGGAAACUUCACGCGCAUUCCGCUUGAGACCAUAGUGUUUAAUCUAUGGCGCCAAGCAUCCUUCCCUGAGAUGACCGAGACCUUUCAGCAAGCCUGAAGCCACUUCUCAACGCAGUGACGCUGCACACUGCUUUAACAAGCCAGCUGAUAAGUUCGUGUUUCUGUGACGUGUUAUGGAACAUGGCGGUGCAUCAGCCUCCUAGGAGACAUAGCAGGUCUUGGAAACAUCCCAGACCCUGCCAUCCAACCAUCAGGGAAUUCCCUGCUGCCAUCCCACCUAUCUGUCUGUUAUGGCUACAGUACCAAAGUAUCUUUGGUCUAUGAUUGGUGUGUGUUUCCUUCGUGUUAAUAGUAAUUGGAUUUUUCUUUUUCCUUAAUUUCCUGUAAACCAAUACCCCACUGUUUAGCUGAAAUUAACAUUAUUUAAGUAAAGAAACUAUUUCAGUUUUAUGGCAGAUUCGACCUUCAUUGUGAUCAGUUAUGGCUGGAGCUAGUAGAGAUACUUCCGAAUUUUGUUGUCCUUUUUCUCGGCAGACACUUGACUGCAAAAUCCAAUUGUGAUAAAAAUUUUCCUAGUCUGCUAAACCCUGUGCAUUGAAUCAUUUCCUUAGAAGUUCUAGCAUAAUUAAUGCUCAACAAAAAUUGUUGAUGUCCAUUUUUUUUUUACCUUAAACAAUGUGGUGGUGGAAGACUAAUCAUUUCUGCCAUAAUUGAGCUGUUUCUCAACCUUGUAGAAGAGACAGCCAGCUCUCAGUUCCUAAGUACAAUGGGUUUGGUUUUCCUUUUUUCUCCUGACAUAAAUAUUAAACAUUAGAAACUUGACUGGCCUGUAAUAAGUUCCUGUAAGAGAGACUGAGGCUUGUAGAGGUAUGGUUUAGGGAAAAAUUUGGAAAGUUGGUUUUAUUUUCAUUAAAGAAGGUGAGAUUGUCAGAUGGCACUAAUGAAAGUGUAAAGAUCUUAUGUAAUGGGUGGGUGGUAAACUGAAAUUACUGAGAUAGGUAAAAAGAGAAAUGGUAUAAACAUAGAAAACAUUAACUUUUGCUUUCUGUAAUGACUAUUAAUUGACACCCGUUUCAUUAUCACGUAACCAUUCUGAAACUCAGUUUGAUGAGGCCCCAGAAGAGAAUCUGUCAGUCGAAUUCCUGCUUUCAAACCUCUCUCAUUCGGUUAGAUGAUUCAGAGUGCUGUGGAGUAGUCUGUUUUUAACGCACAUGAGAUUAAAUCAAGCAAUGAGAUUGCUGGGAAUGGAAAAGUAGAGAUAGGAAAGAAGACAUUGUUUUGGCUAAUGGAACCUCUACCUUGAGCUAAAGUAGAUUUUGUUUAAAUUAUAAUUAUAUCAUAACUUAACUAAAGAAGAUCAAAGGUGAUCUGAGUAGCUUCGAGUUUAUAGAGCAAAAAGUUCUGGUUACAACUGAGUUCUAAAGAAGAGCUCACUGAUAAAACUUCCAGAACACCCAAUGAUUAAUCCUAUGUAGUAUACUAAAAAUCUGAAGUAAAAUGAGAUGUGGUCCAAAACUAGGUGCAUUUGUCUUUGUCAUUCAACUGUCUGGAGAGUUAAGUCCCACUUUGUUGGAAAAA